AUCAUAAGCCGUUUCUGAUGAACAAAGGAGUUCCAAGAAAAGUAACCGUUGACGACCAAUCAGGGAGAUUAGAAAAAUAUUUUGGAAAAUGGAAACCAAACUAUUUAGCUUGCUACCUGUCAAAGUGUUCAGAUUGAUACCCCUACCCGUUGUGUUGGAAGAGGCUGCAUCAACUCCCUGGAAAGAUGUUUGUGGUGCAGUCCCUCAUAACGCUUUUAUUGAGUGAUAAAUGAGCGUGUCCUCUUCAAGCUUGAGCUCCUCCUAUGAGAAAGUUGAUGUGCUGAGAUUUUGGCACAAUGGGUUGCACUUUCGUCAGAGUUCAUCUGACAGCGAUAUUCCUAGGUGGGGUAAUUGCAGAAAGGCAUUGUGACUGUGAUGUGCUUUUCCAAGACAGAAGCAGUCAUUAGGAAAUUCUACACAUCAGUGAUUCCACCUUGAUUACCCAGAUAGGUCUCAACAUAUAAGUGUUUGCAAAUUUGUAAUAUAUCAGGGUGACAUAGGUAUUUACUGAGGGACCAGUUGAAAUGUCGAUUCAUUGAGCCACUAUGUAUCCUAGAUAAAUGUAUCUAAAAGAAAAUUAAACAUUCAUAUUUAAUUUAUAAAUGUUGAAUAUUUGUCAUUUUACUCCAUGGUUAGUAUUUAGGCUACACAUCCUCACCUCUUUCUAAUUACAUUACACAAGGCCUUAUGUCAGACAGUUAUAUAACUUCAGACAGUGCAAGAAAAACCAUAACACAUGGUUUUCUGUUAUCCAACUCUGGCGCAGAUCCAUUUGGAGGGCCGGUGUCAAGUAGCCUUUCUGUCUAUUUAUUACAUGAGCACCGGGCUUGUCUAAAAACCGAAUUAGAAACUUCAAAUGUUCAACUCCUCCCCACUCUUAGCGCAUCUGCAAAACUCCGAACAGAACGAUGUGAGGUUGCGUGGCGAACAUAGCAAUACUGGUGAAAGUUUUUCAGUAUUUCAUUUGGUGUAAAUUAGACUUACUUUAAUGUACUUUAGUUUCAAAGUACAAAUGCUAGACCACAGAAAUUAAAAUAUUUGUAAUUAUUAGUCAAUCUAUUUAGUUGAACUAAUUGUAUUAUGGGCGCGUGUAAAUUUGGCAUUUUUUAUGCGUGUGGGCACGUAUGUUUAUUAAUUUGGAUACUGCAAACUGUCCAAUCUCAGCGGCAUCCACCAGAGACGAGACAAGUAAAUAACCAAGUGCCAGGUAUACGGCAGACAAUACAAUGGGCGCACAAUGGUAACGUUUUUAGCCUUCUGAGUCACGGCUCGGAAUAUCGACCACCAAAGCAAAAAGGCGGCAAUAAAGAGCAGGAGAAACCUGUCACCAUCAUUAGAGAUGGGGAAGCUAACAAGCCUUCUGACUCCUCAAGACAGUCUCUCUCGUCUACCCACACAGUGUCCCGUGCAGGAGCGCGCCCGCGCUGGCUACCACCUCAAGUUCCAAAGCCGCCGAGGGGACAGGGGCACCAGCAUCAGGAUGUCCAUCCAAGUGGCCAUGCAGAAACUAAGGCAAAUGGCACGAAGAAUGGGACACAGGACAAACCGUCCCCUUCGCCGAGAAGAGAAGACGUGAUGGCAGGGGAUGAUCCUUACAACCCAUACAAGACCUCCGAUUCAGAUUCAGAUAAUCCUUACUACAAUUACUAUGACGUGUACGAGAGUCCCAGGCGCAGAGAGAGACCUGGAUAUGGCACAAGGUACCAUCAGAACGGUCUGCCUGAUCUUGUACCAGACGCAUACUACAUUCAAGCCUCCGUAUAUGUCCAGAGAGUUCCAAUGUACAACCUCAGAUGUGCAAACGAAGAGAAUUGCUUGUCAAGUUCGGCUUACAGCGCCAGAGACUAUGACACCCGGAUGCUGCUGAGGUUCCCACAACGUGUGAAGAACCAGGGGACGGCUGACUUCCUGCCAAGCAGACCCCGCUACUCCUGGGAAUGGCACAGUUGUCACCAGCAUUACCACAGCAUGGAUGAGUUCAGCCACUAUGACCUGCUGGAUUCAGGUGGGAGGAGUGUGGCUGAGGGACACAAGGCCAGCUUCUGCCUGGAGGACAGCUCCUGUGACUACGGCUACUACAGACGCUUUGCCUGCACCUCACACACCCAGGGCCUGAGUCCAGGAUGUUAUGAUACCUAUAACGCAGACAUCGACUGCCAGUGGAUCGAUAUUACAGAUGUGAAACCUGGGAACUACGUCCUGAAGAUCAGUGUGAACCCCAGCUAUCAGGUUCCAGAGUCUGACUACAGCAACAACAUUGUGCGCUGUGAAGUUCGCUAUACUGGCAACUAUGCCUAUGUUUCAGGAUGUCACAUCUCACAAUAUUAAGAGGGGGAAGUCAUUCUCCAAACCACUGAAGCAUUUCUGUAAAAACUCCAUGACAGCCAAGAAAACAUCUUGAACAAAAUGUGGACACACAUGGCUAACUGAAAAUGUGUAAGAAUGGUCAUACUCUUGUUAAGUUGGCCUUUGUUUUUCAGGUUCAUUAAACAUGUUUUUCUCAAGCCAUUCUAUAAGUGCAAUAAAGUAAUAAUUGCAUUUAUAGGUUUCAUUAUACUACAUUACAAUAGUUUAGACAUGUUUUAAAUGGUGUAAAUCAAAUAAAUGGAAUUUCAGACGUUCAAAGCUCAA